GACUCACACAUUCAUAUGGAGAUUUGGGAGUAUAAAUACAGGGCGGCGAGGCAGAGGAGAAGGCAGCUCAGACUCGACUGGCUCUUCAAACCGAGCAGGAACUCCGACUCUACAGCCAUGGCUCCCACUGUUUUUGGACAAGCAAGUUACUCUAAGGAGCACCUGACCCCUGCUCACAAGUUAAGAAAACCAAUGGUGGAGAAGCUGCGCCGAGACCGCAUCAACACCAGCAUCGAGCAGCUGAAGUCCCUGCUGGGUCCAGAGUUCCUCCGGCAGCAGCCCGACUCCAAGCAGGAGAAGGCGGACAUCCUGGAGAUGGCCGUGUGCUACCUGAGAAACUGGCAGCAGCAGAAGCAGCAGAAGCAGCAGCAGGCGACCUCCGGCCCGAUGACGGCCAGCGACGGCUACUCCCACUGCGUCCAGGAGGCCGUCAGCUUCCUGUCCCACAGCGAGCUCCAGACCCAGGCCCACAGGCUGCUGCUCAGCCACUUCCAGGGCCUGCAGCAGGCGUCCGGCAGGACCAGCCACAGCCCCUGCAGCCUCUCGCCGCCCGGCUCCCCCCGCCAUCAGGUCACCUCCGGCAAAGGUGGGAGCCAGGGCGGCUGUGCUCUGUGGAGGCCCUGGUAGGACGGAGGCACGCACCGGGGGAGAGAACUACGUCUGUGAACGUCAUGGACAGAAAGUUAUUAGACUCGCUGAAGUCUUGUUUCCUUUUGCUUCGGCAGAAGGUUUGAUAUUGUUGAGGGUUAUUACCGGUACACCUUUGGAAGGACUUAAAAGAUUCAGGUUUUACUGAAUAUAUAUACAUAUAUAUAUAUAUAUAUAUAUAUAUAUACACAGUGUGUAUCGAUAUGAUUCACUUUAACGUUUAAAGUGCUUACUAGUGAUUCUUCCUGUGAGGAAAACAACUUUCCUUUUUGUUUGUUUUGCAAACUACUGUAUUAACCAUAUUGGUUAAUUGUCUUAUCUUUGACUCGUACGUUGUUUUUUUUUGUUUGUUUUUUAUCAGCAUGUUGUUGAUGAAUCCAAACCAUGCCAUAAAGUGAUCCUAUGGAUCCACCUCUGAUGUAAAUCUUUUUUUUUUAAAGAUUAUACUUCGACUGUGUGUGAAUGAGUGUUGAUGCUGAUACUAUAUCUGUUCCUUGUACACUUGUGAUGUUCCUAAUAGAUGUUUGUCAUCUUCAAGUGAAUGCCUUUUAUAAAGGUGUGUUGAUAUUGAUCUUUGCUAUAAAAAAAAAGAAUCUGUUCUACUGCUUCUUUGAGAAGCUUGACAAUGAAAGUUUGAAUAAAUAAAUAAAUAAAUAAAUGGAAAACUUCUCAUGAAGUUUUGCAGUUGUUAAAAAAAAAAAAAAA